GUCCACACUGUGGUGCGCGCUAAGUUAAUAUUUUUUUUAUAAGUUCCGUCAUUGCUUCUUGAGUGCAUAAUAACGCUGUAUGAUGUGCGUGUCCAAAGCAUUACUUUCUAAAGAGCAAAACUAUAAUAAACUAUAGUUCUCACUGGAAUCCUGAACUGCUUUACGUGCCGGUAACCUCAAAACUGGAGGUGGCCUGGCCUCUGUACCUCUGCUGGGCCCUGACCCGUCACACCCAUGGCGGAAACGUAAGCCUGCCGCCCCCCAGCCCACGGCGGCCCACGGAGAGCCCACGGGAAGGGUGGGAGGAGCCCACAGCACUGGGGCAGACCGGAAGAGCCUCGGGGAGGAAGGGGUGACCCCCCCCACACACUCGGGAGGGUAGUGUGGGAGGGGCUCCCCAGCGGGUUGCUGUCUGCUACUGAGGAGGAAGUGAGAGGAGGAGGUGAGGUGCAGCAGGGAGCCUGUUGUAGCAGGGGUCUGGGGCACCAUGGCCCAGGCCCUAGGGGAGGACCUGGUGCAAACUUCAGAGCUACAGGAUGACUCCAGCUCUUUGGGAUCUGACUCUGAGCUGAGUGGGCCCGGCCCGUAUCGCCAGGCUGACCGCUAUGGCUUCAUUGGGGGCAGCUCAGCAGAGCCAGGGCCCGGUCACCCUCCUGCAGACCUGAUCCGCCAGCGAGAGAUGAAGUGGGUAGAGAUGACCUCACACUGGGAGAAAACCAUGUCUCGGCGAUACAAGAAGGUAAAGAUUCAGUGCCGGAAAGGCAUCCCCUCGGCUCUGCGGGCCCGGUGCUGGCCUCUGUUGUGCGGGGCCCACGUGUGUCAAAAGAACAGCCCCGACACCUAUAAGGAACUGGCCAAGGCCCCUGGAGACCCACAUUGGAUGGAGACCAUCAGCAGGGACCUGCAUCGCCAGUUCCCUCUGCACGAGAUGUUUGUGUCACCUCAGGGUCAUGGGCAGCAGGGGCUCCUGCAGGUACUCAAGGCCUACACGCUGCAUCGGCCCGAACAGGGCUACUGUCAGGCCCAGGGCCCUGUGGCUGCUGUGCUGCUCAUGCACCUGCCCCCAGAGGAGGCCUUCUGGUGCCUGGUGCAGAUUUGUGAGGUCUACCUCCCUGGCUACUACGGGCCCCACAUGGAGGCUGUGCAGCUGGACGCUGAAGUGUUCGCGGCCCUGCUCCGGCGGCUGCUCCCGCGCGUGCACAAGCACCUGCAGCAGGUGGGCGUCGGGCCUCUGCUGUACCUGCCCGAGUGGUUCCUGUGCCUCUUCGCCCGCUCCCUGCCCUUCCCCACGGUGCUGCGCGUCUGGGAUGCCUUCCUCAGCGAGGGUGUGAAGGUGCUGUUCCGUGUGGGGCUGACGCUGGUGCGCCUGGCGUUGGGCACCACAGAACAGCGCCUGGCCUGCCCGGGCCUCCUGGAGACGCUCGGUGCCCUACGAGCCAUCCCCCCCACCCAGCUGCAGGAGGAGGUCUUCAUGUCUCAGGUGCACAGCGUGGCCCUGUCUGAGCGUGACCUUCAGCGGGAGAUCAGGGCCCAGCUGGCCCAGCUGCCUCAGUCAACGUCCGGGCCACCCCCAAGGCCGCAGGCCCGCCUGCCUGGGGCCCAGGCCAUCUUCGAGGCCCAGCAGCUGGCAGGAGCGCGGGGAGGCGCCAGACCCGAGGUGCCCCGAAUAGUGGUUCAGCCCCCGGAGGAGCCCAGGCCACCACGGCGCAAGCCCCAGACCCGAGGCAAGACUUUCCACGGGCUCCUGACUCGGUCCCGGGGCCCUCCUGUUGAGGGCCCCUCCAGGUCUCAUCGAAGCUCCACCUCCUUCCUGGAUACCCGAUUCUGAAGGUCUCACUUCUGAGGGACCGUGGACUCGGCGUACCCUAACCCCAAGUGCCCGGUUGCCUGAUGCCUGCCCCACAGAUGGGCACCGCGCUUUACCGCCGGGAUUUGGCAAAUCAGCUCCCUUCCCGCAGACCGUGUUGGACACGAGGGUGAAGGAAGGUCACUCACGGUGUGGUUUCAGGGGCCCAGACCUGCCAUUCUCCCGCGGAGCUGUCCCGGUGCUGGGCCCUUGCAAGAAUGGAAGCUGAAGGACUGUGGGGUUAAGGGCAGCUGGCUGGGCGAGGGGCCCCCGCGGGGCUCCUGGGGAGGCCUAGAAUAAAGUCUGGGCAGAAACCUG